AUGAGCGACCUACCAGCACUCGAAAGGCGAAACGAGCCAGGACAGAUGGUGAAGAGUCCGACGAUGCAACAGCCCAUGGCAAAACUCGAAUGCGAGUCACGCGAGCCUGCAACGAGUGUCGAAAACGAAAAGAUCGUUGCGAUGAAACGUGGUCUUCGAACCGGCUAUGUCCGGGCCUUGGAAAUUCUCUUGGGCAUGAUUUUCAGCUCGAUAGACGAGUCUGAUUCCUGGAUCUCUGCUUUGCUCGAUGGUCAAGGCUGGAAGCCGCCCUUCCGUCUGGCAGCCAUCGGGCCCACCCUGGUCGAGGAUGGAGACGCCUGCGAGGGAUUCGUGGACGCCUGGAGAAAGACAGAAGUGCUGAAACAUAUCGAACAGUGGCUCUCUGUUGCGGAACCAUUAGAAACCGACAAUGACGGCAACCCCGACAAAUCAUUUGAGUCCCGAGUUAAAGAAGCUAUCCCUCUAAUAACAAAGAUCCGGGGCGAACAGGAGAGCCAGAACAGCGCGACAAUUGACAUAGCAAGUCCUAUGAACACGAGCACUACCUCCCCAGCGCGGAACCCUAGCCAAGAUAUCGUCACAAUCCCUAGCACAUCUGACUCCAUUACACAAGACGCCGAGAACAACAUCAACUCAAUUCUGAUGGCCACUCAAGUCUUCUCGCCCUUGAGGGAUACGACAAUGCGACAAGAGUCUUUGUCUCGGCCCCAGUCUGGACGCUCGGAGCUUCCCGACAACUGGUCCAUCUUGUUGGAUACCUAUUUCUCGAACACGCACUCCUGGCUUCCGAUCUUCCAAAAGCACGAAAUUCUGAGGCUUGCGUACGUGCUGGAGAGUCGCGAUAACCGUUCGAGUACAGCCGACUCGAUGUCGCACGGAGAUCGAUGCUCCCUAUGGGCGGUACUGGCAUACUCUUCACACCUAUCCAAGACCGAGGAGCACAGCACAAGUGCGGUAGCCCUACACGCUAGGACAAGGCAUCUUCUCGGCGAAAAGUUGGAAAAAUACGAGCUGGGACAUAUCAGAGCUCACAUGAUUCUCGCAUUGUUGCACCUGAGUCGCGGCGACAAAACGGCCACAUGGCUUGCCGCUGGGAAAGCAACGUAUGCCGCCGCAGCCCUUCUCUUAGCCCCCGAUACGACGACUGCAACGCAAGGCCAACUUGACGAGGGCUCCAAGAGGACUUUGGCAUGCUGCUUUGUAUUAGAAACUAUGGUCGCCAGUUGGUUAGGUACGCGGCCGUACUUCAAGCGUUCGGAUCUCGCCAAAGUUGGCACGCUAGCGACAGACUCUAUGGAAGAAUGGGAACCAUGGCAGAUGAGGGAUGGACAAGGCCGCACAUUCCACUCACACCACAGCCCGGGGCAUAUAAUCAGCACCUUCAACCAUCUUGUUCAACUCGCCGUGUUCCUCAACGACCUCCUAAGACUGCGCAAUCAAGAUGGCGAGAAUGAGCGAAUCCGCAAGCUGGAUCGAGCUCUGAAAAGCUGGAGUCAGCAGAACAACCCUCAAUGUCAAACAUCUUCCGGAGCAGAGGCUUCGCCGCAGAUGUUCAAUCUGCAGCUCAUGUAUGCUGGCAUCUUCGAGGCCGUGAGAACGGAACAUCUACGACUAGCAGGAGACCGUCCUAGCUUUGACAUUAAUGGCAGUUAUGGACGGAUGGAAGAGCAAUGCAGACUUUUGGAACAACGCAUGAGGUCUAUGGGAAAUUUUUCUACACCCCCAACCGUUGUCAUUCUUCUUUGCUGGUUUGAGAGAUCGGUGGAUUCUCAAGUCAGGGUUCAGAAUCACGCCAGGAUGAGAAUGCAACUUCAGACGUUGCGGGUGUGCAUCUCCACGACAAUCGAAAGCUACCUUCAGACCCAAACGCCCCUGAAAGAUACUCAUGAAAGCGCAUCGAAUCUCUUUAAUGCUGGUAGCAUGUCCAAUUCCUUCGCUCAGUCGAGUGGACAGUCGACCCAGUCGGCCGUUCAUCUGGGGUUUGCAACUCCCGCCAGCUCCGGCCUAUCUACCCAGUCUCGAGAAUCAAACCCUUCAAUCUUCCAAGGGCUGGGCGACCCAUACAAUCGCAACUCAGCCAAAAACACGCCAAUGGGCCAGAGCAAUCUCUUAACGACUCAGACUCAAGGGCUCAUGUCUCAGCCACCGUCGAUGGGUCCAGAUAUGAACAUCGAUCCUCUAUUAGAUGCUGUUUCGGCGGAAAUGGACGACAAUGAGCUUUUCCAAAGCUUAGCUAGCUUGGACUCGGCAGAUUGGUCCACAAAUCCUCCCGAGUUCAUGGAGCACCUUGGCAUCCCACGGGGCAUUGCUUCAGAUCUGCAAUCAUUCUUUGACAAGGACCCCGGAUCAACCUUCACCUGCUCCAACCAGAAAUCUCCGCCCAACAUCACCAUGGCCGAAUUCCGUCCUGCCCUGCUCUCUGCCUCCCUAGGUCGUGCCUGGCUUCAUGACUUCGACAAGAAGGUAGCUGAAGCCGCCAAGCAUGGCUUUGAGGGCAUUGAAGUAUUCUACGAAGACAUCGAGUAUCUUGCAAAGAAGCUCCACGAUACCGACGAGCCGACCACCGACCACCUCCUCGCCGCCACAACCCACAUCCGCAAGGUCCUCGAUGGCCUGAAGCUGACCGUCAUCGGCCUACAACCGUUCCUAUUUUACGAAGGCCUACUAGAUCGCGAACAGCACGCCCGCCUAAUUGAGAAGAUCAAGGUGUGGUUCAAGCUCGCCAAGAUCCUCGGCACGAACACGAUCCAGAUCCCAGCCAACUUCCUUCCCGCGGAGAAGCUGACGGGUGACAUGGACGUCAUCGUCGGUGACCUCGUCGAGCUCGCGGACUUGGGGUUAAAAGAAGACCCACCGAUUCGAUUCGCAUACGAGAGUCUCUGCUGGAGCACUCACAUUGAUACAUGGGAAAAGUCCUGGGAGGUUGCCUGUAAAGUCGACAGGCCGAACUUUGGUUUGUGUCUCGACACGUUCAACAUCGCCGGCCGUGUGUGGGGAGACCCAGCGUCUCCAACGGGCAAGACCCCCAACGCCGAUGCCGAUCUCAAAGAGUCGUUGGAGAGAUUAUUGCGGGAUGUCGAUUUGGCGAAAGUGUUCUACAUCCAGGUUGUCGACGCAGAGCGUAUGGAGUCUCCUUUAGUCAAAGGUCACCCAUUCCACGUUGAUGGCAACCCGGCGCGGAUGAACUGGUCUCGGAAUGCCAGAGCGUAUAUCUAUGAAACAGAUAGAGGGGCUUACCUACCGGUGGAAGAGGUGGCUCGGGUGCUAAUCGAGAAACUUGGAUAUAAGGGAUGGGUUUCAAUGGAGCUGUUCUCGAGGACCAUGUCAGAAGAGGGUGAAGGGGUACCGGCAGAUCAUGCUCGCAGAGGCAUCGAGGCAUGGAAGAAGUUUGUUCAGCGAUUGGAGUUGAACAAAUGA